AUGUCACAGAGGACCGGUCUGUCCCCGUCCAAUGUCUCCGAAGCAUCGACCUCGUCGCAGCCCUCAGUCGCUCAGCCUUCCAGUUCAGGGGAGACCACGUCGCCCGAGGCUAGGAAAUAUGUUACACAGGCUUGCCAACCCUGUCGUGCCAAGCGGUCAAAGUGUGAUAACGCCCAUCCCACUUGUUCCGCCUGUGUAGGGCGAGGAACCCUGUGCGUCUACUCCGACGUCGACCGCCGGAGAGGCAAACUGAGGGCGAACGAGACGGAUGCUUUACAGGAGAGGGUCCGCAAGUUUGAAAGCACUAUCAACACCUUGACGCACGGCUCGGACGAGGAGGCUUACGAGUUGCUGAGAAGGAUGAGGACUAAUCCACCUCAAUCUCCAGGCAGCGAUGGGUUGGCCGAAUGGACACAGGCUCGGGAAAAAGAUGUCGAGUUCAAUACUCAGGCUGCACGGGUCUACACCGUCAAUGACCUGCCGCCGGAAAACUUGAUCUUAUAUGGCAUCAGAGCAUACUUUAACUGCACAUAUACACUCUUAUAUAUCUACGAGAAACAGGAGAUGGACGACAUCUUGAAUAGGGUAUACCGGACCCACGAAGCUGUCGACAACGCGACUCUGUGCGAACUCUGCGCUCUAGCCGCGGUUGGAAGCCAUUAUGAUGGUGAUAAGUUUGACGGAGCGGCCAUGGAAGCCUUAUUCCAUACCGCGACCAUUUAUAUGAGUGACUGCAUCGAGUCACAGUUCCUGCGAGGCAUGAGAGUUAUCCUGUGUCUCGGUAUUAUCUCAUCCAUGACAAAGCGUGCGAGUGCUCGUCUAUCGAUUGCUUCAGGGUUGAGACUGGCUCGGUGGGCGCGUUUGCAACAGCAAGAUAUCUUGCCCUGGAUUGCAUACAGGAAAGUCUACCGGUCGCUUGUCUUUAUGGAAUGCUGGCUAGCUUCAAGCCUCGGAUAUGAGCCUGAUCUCAAUAACGACGAAGCAGAGUUUACGAGACAAGAGAUCAUCGAACCUCACCCGACAACCGAGAACCGCAUCCAGGCCGAGAUAUGCACGGUCGGUCUCAUGAUGGCAGGUAUCCUACUGGACGUCUACAAGUCAAGUUCGGUAGUGUUCGCCAUUGUGGAGAAGCAUUCGAGGAUAUUAGGUGAGUGGCAAGCGCAACUACCAGACUCGAUGAGACUGGAUGCACUUAUCCCGGGCCACGUGAACGGGUACUCGGAGCCGGAACGACGUGCUCUUAUUCUCGUUCACGUCACGUUCCUUGGGGCAAAGAUGAUGCUCCAAAGGCGACUGUUGGUUGAAAUGGCCAACUGUCGAAUGAAGAGACGAUGGACUCUAGAUGGAACACCCAGGCAAGGCGAGAGCAUUCAGGGGGAAUGUGUCGAGGCCGCCGAACUGUGUGUUGAUCUCCUUGAUAUACUUGGAUACACCAAACGCAAGUUUCGCAAAUGUUGGCUUUGCAUUGGCCACGCCUUCAGCGCAUGUAGCGUCCUGCUAUUCGCGGCCGCCCAGCGACUCCUGUACGACCAGAGAGACAAGGUCCAGGGCUACCUCGCAAAGUCGCGGGAAUGUAUCAAGAUACUCGCCAACUGCAGCGUGGUGGACCGUGUCGCAAAUUCCUUGCUUCAGAUCGUUCGACCGCUGCACCAGGAUCUCCAACGACUCGCCAGUACCGAACCCAGCAGUCGUCCUAAGAGCGGAAUCUAUGACCUACUCGAGAAUCCGCAGGCAGACGAUACCAGUACUACCUCGUCCACCGCAUCCGGACGCGGAUGGUCGCCAGGAGCGCAGCAGUACCAAGGAUCCAGUAGCGAAUUUAGCGUCAUGACGCCGACAAUUCGCAGCGCCGCCAUUCCUGCUAUGCAGAACGCGAUCGAAGUCCUAGAGAAUCCGUUUGGCCAGCCAAGGAGGCUCAGCCAUACUGAUUCCUUCGUCGCGGGCGACCCUAACCUGCCGAGUUGGUGGAAUUGA